CGGCGCCGCGGCGGGCGGGGAGAGGCCCGCAUGCGCGUAGGGGUCUGGCGGCCGUUGACAUCUAGAAAAAUGGAUGAUGAAGGCGAUGACAUUCCCCAGCUUUCAUCCCAUACGUUGGCCGCCCUCCAGGAGUUCUAUUUGGAACAGCAGCAGAGAGAGGGCAUGAAGACCUCCCAGGGGUUUAAUCAAUAUUCCAUUGGCUCAAUAGAGGAAGACUGGCAACUGAGCCAGUUUUGGUACAGUGAUGAAACCGCAUCACGGCUGGCUAACGAAGCGGUUGUGGCAGCUGGGAAAGGUGGCAGGAUAGCAUGUGUUAGUGCACCCAGUGUGUACCAGAAACUGAAAGAACAGGAUGGUAAAGAUUUUUCGGUCUGUAUACUGGAGUACGACAGAAGGUUUUCUGUAUAUGGAGAAGAAUUUAUCUUCUAUGAUUACAACCAGCCUUUGAACUUACCUGAAAAUCUCCUGCCACACAGUUUUGACAUCGUCAUAGCAGAUCCACCCUACCUGUCUGAGGAAUGUCUUCAAAAAACUGCAGAGACCAUCAAAUAUUUAACAAAAGGAAAGAUUCUGCUUUGCACGGGUAUAGUUCAUAAAAAUAUUAGGUCACCAUUAAGCAUCUUUUUCUCUCUCUCAAAAGAUGAAACUUUCUCAAGUGAGAAAACUAUUGACUCAGUAAUACUACUGUAUCAUUACUUCAAAGAGGAAUAUGUAUCCUAAGCUUUUUAUUGGAAUACUUUAGUUCAACCUUUAUUUUAAACUGAAGGUGCAAUCAUGGAGGAACAGGCAGCAAAACAUCUCGGGGUGAAGAUUUGCAAGUUUAUUCCAAAACAUGCACGAAAUUUAGCUAAUGAAUUUCGGUGUUUUGUGAACUAUGCUUCUGGGCUGGAUUGAGCCUCCUAAGAAGAUCUACAACUUUUUCAGUCAUGCUCCUCUCUAUUUUUUAGCAGUGACUCCAUAUUUCUCAAUGCUGAAAUCCUCAGCUCCAAGUACUGUUUUCUGGGCCAGCUUUAAUCAUGAUAGCCUCUCUCUUUUAAAUGUGUAAGCAUUUGCAGCCACUGUUUUGUAUCUUCCCUCUUUGGUAAAUGGGGACCAAACAGCACAGGUGCUAGACAAUGGGAGCUUCUCUGUUAGAGGUUCAUUUGAACUGGCAGGUUUUACCAUUCAAGGAUUCUUCAGUGACCCCUCCAAAGUGAUUUUAGCUGGUAGGUGUAUAACAACACACAGGUGCUUGCCUCACAGACAUCAGAGUCAUCACUGCAUCAGAAACAGAUGACUUGCUAGCUAGCGGAUGGUUGAAAGAGCGUGAGUAGUGGCCUCCUUUCAAUCUUGAGAGAUGCUCCCUGAGUAAAAGGCUCGAGAGAUGUUUGUUCUGAA